CAGACGGGGAGUUGCGGGCUCUGCAUGCUCGAGACUCGUGCUCAACGGCGAUCUUAACGUGGGGUCAGCGGGAACGAUUAGCGAGUGGAGCUAGGCGAUUAGAGACCCUUGAACUCUCGCAGCCGUCCUUUGCAAUUGUCGAAAGUGAGUUUGCCUCUUAACGCGACGGAAACGCCCGCUCCUGUGACAACCACGUCAUUUUUAGGUUACAUCUGCACUCGCGCUUCUUUCGAACAUCACGGCGUCGUUGUGGCUGUUAUGGAGAAGCGUCUUUUAGACCCGGACACCAUCUUGACCGAUGAUGUGGUCGCGGAGCUCCUAGCAAAAGAAGCGAACGAUGCGGCCAUCAAGUACUCCUCAAUGGGCCUCGAAGCUUUCAAAUCGACCAAGUGAGCACUUCCGGAUUUGGCGCGCGGAGGUCAUUGGACUUCAAGGAGCUCAUGUCACACAGGCCGUCGAACAAGGCAAAGCCAAACACUCGCUUCCUGGGGCGCGUCAUCAAAGAGACGACCAGCCAUAACGCCGCUCUCUUGGCAAAGGAGACCGCCGAAGCUCAAGCGCGCCUCGACGACUUGACCGAAGCCGAAGAGAGGAAACGGCGAAGGCUGAAUCCCAGUGCCUCCGAUAUCAGGCGCCGACAACUGGGCGAUAUCUCGUCGAUCCUGGCGGGGCGAAAGCGAUCCAAUGACGCAGAGCGACGUGGAAGGUCGAAGAAAACGGAUGGCGGACGGAAUGAUGAACAGUCCCGAGACCGGUCCCGCGACCGGGACCACCGACGCGGCAGGCACGGCACACGGCAGGACGACGAAGAAGAAGAGGGACGCCGGUCGCACAGAAAGCACGACGACCGGACACCAGACGGCGGCGGCCGCCGCCGCCGCCGAGAUAGGUCAUGCUCGCCGCAGCAGAGAGCCCACAAGCAGCGCGACCGGUCACCGUUAGGCAGCAGGGUUGAGGACGACCGGCCGCGCCACUCGAGAUCGCGUCGGAAGGAGUCCACCCGGGAUAGAGACAUCAUUAUCUCCAGCGAGUCAUCUAGGCGCAGAAACUACGGACGGCUACGAGAGGAGGACGAUAAUCAGUCGAGCGCCUCGAAAUCAAGCAGGGCAGCCGGUGAGGACGAGUCCGAUCCGUUGGAGGAGUUCAUCGGCCCCGCACCACCGCCCAGAAGUCCUGUUCGGAAACGUGGGAGAGGUGCCAUCCGGGGCGCCGCGGCAAUGGACAGCCGAUUCGCGGAGGGCUAUGACCCAGCCUCCGACGUCCAACCAGACUCGGCCGAGGCGGACGACUGGGACGAGGCGGUCGAGGCAUACCGUGACCGUCAGAAAUGGAAACAGCAGGGUGCCGAGAGGCUACGAGCCGCCGGUUUCACUGAGGAACAAAUCAGGAAGUGGGAAAAGGGUGGUGAGAAGGACAUUGAUGAUGUGAAGUGGAGCAAGGCUGGAGAGAAGCGCGAGUGGUAAGUAGGAGGACUCUCAUUUUCAUACC